GACUGCGUCUGUCUCUGUGGUUUUCUGGCAGGAGGCUGGUGAGCUGAGAGGAGAGACCCGACCGGACCAGAACAUGUGCUGAUCGGGCUGCCGAGGCCUGAAGACAAACAGACAUGAUCCCUUUUUCUCUCUGAGGAACUGACCAAUCAGCAGCCAGGAUGAUGCCCAAGCAGCUGGCCCAGACGUCUCCAGGCAGCGUGUUGUCCCUCAGAGGAACCAGCGUUCCCGGAUCGCCGGCUGCUGCCAUCGUGGCCCGGGUGGAGGACGGCGUCAUCGGCUACAAGGACCUGGCGGCGCUGCCCAGAGACAAAGCCAUCCUGGACAUAGAGAGGCCCGACCUGAUGAUCUACCAGCCUCACUACAGCUACAGCCCUCUGGAGAGGUCCUUGUCUCCUCGCUCCAUCUCGCCUCCUCCCUCCCCAGAGAACCUGUCCAAGGAGUCCAGGGAGUGGCUGGAGAAUCGAUCUCCUGGAGGUUCUUCGCCUGGUUCCACCGUCCAGACCAGCAGAACACACAGCACACACACCCCGUCAACGCCACAGACACCAAACCCGCCAAACACACCCAACACACAGCCGUCUGGUACCAAGAGCAGCGUGCAGCACUUCCACAGGCCCGAAAACGGCAGCAACAUCUACAAGAAGCCUCCCAUCUACAAACAAGGUCCAAUUCAGUCCAAUCUGGGAAAAAUCAUCCUGAAGGAGGAGCUGGAGAAAUCUGCUGCUCCUCUGAGGAGGAAAACUCGCUCGCUGCCGGACCGCAGCCAGAACGCCGGGUCCAGCGCCUCCAGGUCGGUGUAUUUCCCAGCAUCCUCCAGGAGCGGCCUGUCCAGGCUGCAGUCGGCAGAGUUCAGCUCCGCAGAGAAAAGUCCUGCAGGUCUUCAGAAUGGAGACUCCAGGAUGGACAGAGGAAACUCCCUCCCCAGCAUGCUGGACCACAAGAUCUACCCCUAUGAGACGCUGGUGGUGACUCACAGAGGACGCAGUAAACUCCCUCCUGGUGUGGACCGAACCAGACUGGAGAGGCAUCUGUCCCAGGAGGAGUUCUUCAGCGUCUUCGGGAUGCCCAUCGAAGACUUCGACCGCCUCUCUUUCUGGAAGAGGAACGAGCUGAAGAAGAAGGUCUGCCUCUUCUGACGCCGCCGGGACCGAGCGUCCCACAAUCCCCCGCUGCUCCCGGCGGGACGGCGAGCGGCUGGCGAGCAUCGCCGCCGGACGCCGCCGUCAUCAACAGCUCGUGGAGGCGGCUUCGGGUUUGCAGAGACACAGAGUGGGUUUAGAGUUCUGCUGCACACAUUAGCGUCACCCGGUUUAGCUUAGCGCGCCGCAGAGCUUCAUCACCCCACACAAGACGACCGGCCAAUCAGAAACCUGCAGGGGACGAGGUCAGAGCGCCGCCCGGUGGUCUCGUUGUGAUGUCAUUCUCUCCGGUCGUCGGAGUCCCUCCUGCUCUGGGUCUGCUCCACCUGGGCCUCCCUCUGCAGCCCCACGUUAGCCAACAUUCCCGCUGACCCCCAGUCAGCGCUCACAGCCGUUAGCCGUCUAUAAAAAGGGUCGCUCCCAUUGGCUCAGCCAGCUAUGAUGUCACGGCGACGGCGUUUCCUUCCCAGCACCGAAGAAUGAAACCAGGAGGCGGUUUGGUGGCAGCCGAAGGAGACUUCAAACGUUUUAGCUUUAAAACUGAACCAGACAUUAGAACUCUGAGUUCCUCCAAACGGGUCCCGGACUAGACACCAACAUUCAUCAGAGGUCUGCGUUAAACUGCAUCAGGUUCUGAGUUCAUGUCAGGAAACGGGUCGACUGAUGAGCGUUAAUACGACUGUUUGUGGUCGUCGUCGUUCCAGAUGUUCUGAAGGUCGCUUCACAUCAAACACUUCCGCUCCUAGCGUGUAAGAAUUGAAUUAGCUUUUACUCAUGUCGGGUUUGGAUCGGUCAUUCCUUCACCUGUGAUGACGUUAGCAGAGGUUUAUGCUAACGCUAACCCUCUGACGGCGACGCAUCACGUGGUGACGUCAUCGUCUCCAAACAGCGAACCGUCAGGAAUCGGCCGCCAUCAAACCGUCUCCUCCUCGUUUGUUCUUCCCAGUUUAGCAGAAGCCACUGCCACACACGCACACACACACACACACACACACACACACACACACACACACACACACACACACACACACACACACAGGAGCAGCGGGUUGUGGGCGUCGGCCAGCGUUGCUUAGUGACCAAAUGAUGUGCAGCUAUUUUUUAACCUCCGUAGAGAAACGGCAUGUUUGUUACGAAUCCAAGGAAUCGCGUAGAAAUCCUCCUUCAGGACACGAAGACGGCGGGCCGAGCCUCCGGGCGACCCGACCCGACCCGCCUCAGCACUCGUAGUUCAGUGUUCGUGUCCACCGGCAUCGUGUCUGAUCACCGCUACGUAUGAAUAUUUAAUUAACACCUGUUACUGCUUCAGCCCACGCAGGCGCCGAGCGAACCGGGUUUACAAGAGGUUUACUGAUCACGUGUG